GCUGCUUCAUACCCUGCAUAUCUGGGAAAGCUACAAAACUAAGAAAUCUGAACCCAACAAAGGAUUAUGGCAAAUGUGGGAGUGCGAACAUGGGCGUAUGGAUUGGCGUGUUUUAUGCUUAUUGUUUUGAGAACAGAAGGCUUCUUUGUGGAUAUCACUUAUGUUGAGAGUGCUGUUUCAAAAGGAGCAGUCUGUUUGGAUGGAAGUCCACCGGCGUACCAUAUGAACCGAGGAUCCGGAGCGGGAAUUAAUAAUUGGUUAAUCCAUUUUGAGGGAGGAGCAUGGUGCAAUAAUGCUUCAAGUUGCCUUGCCCGUAGGUAUACUCGGUUAGGAUCUUCCACGAAAAUGGCAAAACAGGUUGCAUUUUCAGGGCUUCUGGGUAAUAACGCUGUAAGAAACCCAGACUUCUACAAUUGGAAUCGAGUCAAGGUUAGGUAUUGUGACGGGUCAUCAUUUACUGGUGAUGUUGAGGCAGUGGAUCCGAAAACCAAUCUUCACUUCAGAGGAGCAAGAGUCUUUGUAGCUGUCAUAGAGGAUUUACUUGCCAAAGGGAUGAAGAAUGCAGAAAAUGCUGUUUUGUCUGGAUGUUCAGCGGGAGGAUUGACUUCCAUAUUGCAUUGUGACGAAUUCAAAGCUCUCGUCCCGGCGAGUGCGAAAGUAAAAUGUUUUGCAGAUGCAGGUUACUUCAUUAACGCAUUGGAUGUUUCUAAUAAAUCACACAUUGAGCAGUUCUUCGAUGAUGUUGUUGCAACACAUGGAUCAGCCAAGAAUUUGUCAGCUUCUUGCAAGUCUAAGAUGAAGCCAAGUUUGUGUUUCUUCCCUCAAAACAUGGCACAAUAUAUCCAAACACCCCUCUUCCUAAUCAAUGCAGCUUAUGAUGCCUGGCAGAUAAAGAACAUUUUGGCUCCUGGGUUCGCUGAUCCACACGGGACAUGGCAUAACUGCAAGGUUGACAUAACAAAAUGCUCUGGACCUCAGCUUGCAAAAAUGCAAGGUUUUAGGUUGGAGUUUCUGAACGCAUUAAAAGAAAAGGGCAUGAAUCCAACAAGAGGAUACUUCAUUAACUCUUGCUAUGCUCACUGUCAAACUGAAGUCCAGGAGACAUGGCUCACCACUACGCCUCCUGUCUCUCCAAUGUUGGAUGGCAAGACGAUUGCUCAAGCAGUUGGAGACUGGUACUAUAACCGGAGUUCUUUCCAAUUCCAACAUAAUGACUGCGCUUACCCUUGCGAUAAGACUUGCCACAACAGAGUAUAUGAAUGAGUCAUUCUUUGAAUAUCCCAAAAAGUAUCGGCGGGUUUCAUUUAAAAUUGGAGCAAGUCUAGGGGCCAUAAAAUUGGAGAGAUAACUGUUCCGUCGGUUCUGAGAGGCUUCAUGAUUGAGGUGUAACUUUUAUUAUAGAGAAUAUGUUUAUCUAUAAUGUACACUUUGAAAUUUGAACAUUCUUUCAACUUACUCUUACAGUAAAGGAAUAAUCUCACCAUUGCAGAGGAUCUAGAUACUUUGAUCUCUCUUGUAAGAUCAAUACUUAUGUAGUGUCCUUGAGAAGCCAUGAUAUGAAGUUAGUUUGCAUUUAACUUGUAUGUAUGAUUUGU